CUCUGUCCUUGUCUGUUAAUCGAGAUUAGUGAAUCUCGCCCUCCAUUAAUUCAACUGUCGAGACUCGAGUGCGAUUUGCAAUUCGCUUUCGGACAUUUAUAAAGCUUCUAUCUUCCUCGAGUUUCAACGUUUCUCGGAACCUGUGUGAGCUCGAAAAAGAGAACUAAUCCCCAUUUUUGAUAAGCCGGUACGAUUCGUCCGGAAGAGAAGAAACCCUAGAAAACUCGCCUUGCUCUACUUUCUUCCUGUCUCAUUGUAGAGAAAGCGUUGAUGAGGUAUUCCUACUCUAAUAGUGAUAUAGAUAUUGUUUAGUAGAGAGGAAGCAAGAUAGUGAAAUGAGUAGGCUAUCUUUUCGCCCCCGUCCAUUGGACAUACACAAGAAGCUUCCAAUUUUAAAGUCCUUUAAAGACUUUGAAGAUGAAGAGAAUCCUUCUUCCAUUACUAGAAAUUCUCAGUUGCUCCGUAUAUCGGCCGUAGAGGUUGUUGACAAUGAGGUGCAGCCUCCAGUGCCUAGUAAGAAACUGGUUUCAGAAAUACCAACACCUCAGUAUCUUGUUGUUGAUACAUAUGAAAGAGACUACUCUAGGACUUUUAAUCAGCCUGCCUCGUAUUUACGCGCUAGAGGAGCUCGGGCUGAGCUUGGAGAAUUUGUGGAGUAUGAUCUUGACAAUGACGAUGAUGACUGGCUUUAUGAGUAUAAUAAGGAGACAAUGAUUCUCUCACCUGAAUUGCUUGAGAUCAUUAUAUUUAAGCUCGAGGUAUUGGAUCAUAAGGCGCGGGAAAGAGCUGGAGUUAUUACUCCUACCCUUGGUUUGCCAGUUCCAGUGCUUUUGCAGCUUGAUGCUGCUAGUGAGGCGUUGCAAUCUUUGCCCAUCAAAUAUGGAGUUUUCCAGGCUAUAUACAGUUAUUGGAAAAAUAAGCGUGAAAGAUGGCAGAAGCCUAUCUUGCGGCGUUUACAGCCUCCACCACCGGUCAAUGAUACCAAUCCGUACAAUGUGUUUAGGCCACGGGAGAAAGCUCAUAGACUACACACAAGAAGGAUGCAGCGGAGAGAAAACAAUGCACAGUCAUUUGAAAAGCUUCGACAGGUCAGGCGCAAUCUUGACCAAGCAAAGACCAUUCUAGAAGCUCUUAUUAAGAGAGAAGAGAAAAAGAGGGAUUUCAUGGCGAGUGAGGUUAGCCUUCAGAGAAUCCAACUCAAAUAUAAGAAUGAAACCGAGCUUUUGGAAGAUAGUUUGGCGCUGGCUGGGUUUCCACUCUCUACAUCUUACAGAUUUGGCUCAAGCGAAGAUGAAUUCAUGGACUCCGAUGACCCUACCACCACCCAAACAUGUACAAGGCCUUCCUUUACCCCUCAUCCUCGUUUCACCGACUCAAAUCUCGCUCGAGCUCAAGCUGGGCGCAUAAAGCAAGAGGCGAGAAGACUCGGUUGGCUCCACAAACUGAAUCCUAAUGAGCCAGUUAUGCUGUUCACAAAACCACUGGUCCCCGAUAAAAUGGCUGCUGCGGGAAUCAUCCCUCCAUCAGAUGCAAGAAGCGGAAGAGGAAGAAUUGGUCGAGGCGGUCGGAUUGUAUUUGAUAGAUGGAAUCCUCUAAACCAAGCCCACAUUAACUGUGGGAACACUUUCUACAUAGCACCAUAACAUCUCUCUAUAAAGCCUCAACUAAUUU